AUGGAUGUUUGUAGUGAAUGUGAUGAGAAAGCUGACUGGUAUUGUGUACAAGAUGAUUCUAAUUAUUGUGAUAAACAUGAGUCAGUCGCACAUGAGCUAAAAGCACAAAAAGUCCAUGAGAGAGUACCAAUUCGUGACAAGCAAAAGCAUGCCAAACCUCCGACCUGUCAAAAUCACUAUAUGCCAUCGUGCUUGUAUUGUUUAACAUGCAAAUCGGAUGGUACUCAUCAGAGUCACCAUGAUCGAGUAACUCCUGUUAUCAAUGUGGUAGAUAAUGCGAAGAAGGAAUUACAAAACCAGAUUGACAAACUGCGACCAAUAGCCAUUGCGUGCGAAGAUGAAGCAAAAGCAUUGGAGCAAAUCCUUCAAGAUAUCAAUGAUAGUGGAGCGAGAAGUGGCGAAGAAAUUGAAAAAGAAUUUGGAGUUCUUAUGCGGCUCCUUAGCACAAGAAAAGAGGAGCUAGAAGAACAACUGAAGCAAAAGUUACAGGUGAGCUCAAUAUGUCGUGAUAAUGUGCACUCGCGCCAAAAGAACUUGGACAAUGUGAAAUCAAGUUUGAACGACGGGAUCAAGGAAGCUGAACAUACUUUGUCAUUGAAUGUGUUUGCUGCACUGGCAGAAACAAAACGUGUGGCUGAACAGUUGGAGAAGGCUGAGAGUGACUGCAGAGACUACCAUCUCCAUGCUCUCGUCCCUACAUCUGUCUUGUUCAAUAUUUCCAGUUCAGCGAUUGAACAAAUUGCAAGUACAGGCUGUGUAGUCGAAGAAUCAACUCGUAUCUCCACGAAAACAUCAUCAACCCCAUCAAAUAUGUGGAUUACUGUUGCCAACAUGUCAUCAGCUCGCCAAGUCCACACCGCAACUUUAUUAUCAUCUGGGAAAGUACUAGUAACAGGUGGUUAUGAUUCGAAGAACUAUUGGUUGAGUUGCGAAAUGUAUGAUCCUCCAUCGAAUACCUGGACUCCAGUCGCGGGAAUGUCAUCAGAACGGUUUCGACACACUGCAACUUUAUUAUCUUCCGGGAAAGUAUUAUUAACAGGUGGUUAUGAUUUGAAGAAUUAUUGGUCGAGUUGCGAAGUGUAUGAUCCUCCAUCGAACACGUGGACUCUAACUCCCAGCAUGUCAUCAACACGUCAGUACCACACUGCAACUUUAUUACCAUCUGGGAAAGUACUAGUAACAGGUGGUUAUGAUUCGAAGAAUUAUUUGUCAAGUUGCGAAGUGUAUGAUCCUCCAUCGAAUACGUGGACUCCAGUCGCCAGCAUGGCAUCAGCACGGAUUCAACACACUGCAACUUUAUUAUCAUCUGGGAAAGUAUUAGUAACAGGUGGUUAUGAUUCGAAGAAUUAUUGGUUGAGUUGCGAAGUGUAUGAUCCUCCAUCGAAUACGUGGACUCUAGUCGCGAGUAUGUCAUCAGCACGUUAUUACCACACUACAACUUUAUUAUCAUCUGGGAAAGUAUUAGUAACAGGUGGUUAUGAUUCGAAGAAUUAUUGGUCGAGUUGCGAAGUGUAUGAUCCUCCAUCGAAUACGUGGACUCUAGUCACCAGCAUGUCAUCAGUACGUCGUGACCACACUGCAACUUUAUUAUCAUCCGGGAAAGUACUAGUAACAGGUGGUUAUGAUUUGAAGAAUUAUUGGUCGAGUUGCGAAAUGUAUGAUCCUCCAUCUAACUCGUGGACUCUAAUCCCCAGCAUGUCAUCAGCACGUCGUGACCACACUGCAACUUUAUUAUCAUCCGGGAUGGUAUUAGUUACAGGUGGUUCUGAUUUGUCGAGUUGCGAAGUUUAUGAUUCGUAG